AUGACUGGUGUAUAUUCUAUAAAACAUACAUCAAAUCCAUUUGCUAAUAUAAAUACAAUGGCAGCAUUAAACUCAAACCAAUCAUCUAAUAAUACAUCAAAGAAAGGUUCUACUUUAAACACUCCAUCCACGUCAAAUAAAAUUAUGUAUACAUCGAACUCAACGACAACAACAACAAAUGGUUCUUCACCAACCCGAAAUUCAAACAUUAGACAUCCCGUACCACUCACAUUUAAAUCAAUGACUUUACCAAAUUUCCCAAGUUAUAAACCCCAAGAGCAAACUUUUCCAAAACCUAAAAAUGUGCAUUUAAUAACAGCUGUUGAACUUGGAAAAUUUUUAAGUGAACAUAAUACGGAUGAUUAUAUUAUAUUUGAUAUUAGAUCGUUUUCUGAACAUUCGAAGGAAGCAAUCAAAAGUUCUAUUCAUGUUUGUUUACCAUCUACAUUAUUAAGAAGAAAAAAUUUCACAUUUGAAAAAUUGGUAGAAAGUUUACCAUUUAAUGAACAACAACAAAUACUCAAUAAAUUCAAGAAUCCAAAUUUAAGAAUAUAUCUAUAUGAUAAUAAUGGACAUCAAACUGAAAGAUCAAUAUCGCAAGGUUGCCAUGGUAUAUUGGUUAAAUUAUUAAAUUAUGCUCCUUGUAUUAGUCCCGAGAAUCAAAUUAAAAUUGGUAUAUUAUCAUGUGGCUUUCCACAAUUCAAAAAUAUGUUCCCAGAUGAUAUUACAAAUCCUAAAACUAAUGACGAAUCUUUAUUAAUGGCCAAUACAACACAACCAAAACUGGAUGCUAGUUCAUCAACAGAUAGUCAUCAUAGUCCAAGCAUCCUAGAUAAUAUUAAUUUGAGGUUAAAUGUUUCAGAUACUAAUACAUCAACAUCUUCAAAUUUUCUAAAUUCACCAAGUCCCCAACAUACUAUUACUGAUUCUCCACUUUCUUCUUCAUCUCCAAUAUCUGCAUUAUUGAAAUUUCAAUUACCAUCACAAAAGACAAUGCCAUCACAACUAUUUAAAUUCCCACAAAAUGAAGAAACAAUGAAUUUAGAAUCAUAUAUCAGUGCUGUAAAUAUCAAUGAAAAACAAAAUAGAAUUCAAGAACAUAUAGAAAAGAAAAAAUAUAGAAAUUCUUUGAAUUUGGAUCGUGAAAAAUUUUCAGAGGAAGAUAAUGAGGAUUCUAUAAGUCUCACAUCUUUCCAAUUUCCAAAGAGAAGCGCAAGUUCUUGUUCAAACCUUAGUAAUGAUGAAAAAUAUAAGGAUAAAUUGACGGUCCAAAUAAAAUAUUCAAAAUUACAUUCUAAAUACCCUCAAAAAGAUAUCGAUAGAAAUAUUCCCCAAUGGUUUCAAGAGUUAAUGAGCAGAACAAAAAUUCAAUUUGCAUCGCAAUUUCAAAAAUUAGAUAUUUUAGAAAAGAGACGAUUGAAUAGUUCUAUUUCUUCAAUGGAUACUCAUAGUAAUCAAUCAUCUAUUGUAUUCUCUACCGAAGACCUUCAGAAGGCACUACCAACCUGUUACUCCAAACCUAAUAGUCAUUCGGGUUCAUCAUGCGAUUCCAAUACACUCCACAAACCAAAUAAUUCCGAUAUAUCGUUCGGUAUGUCGAUACAUUCACAACUUUCAUCAUCUCCAUUUUCCAUAAAAUCACCGCCAUUACCACCAUUUUCUAGACCACUGGUGUUUAAACAAACACGUUCUUAUUCACAACCGGACUGUCUGAUAUCCACUAAUCAAAAAUGGAUAAAUGACAUUGACACCGACUUGACAAAUGUGGACAAUGAUAACGAAAAAAUUGUAAUAUCAUCUGGUGUUGAAUUAGGUUCCAAGAAUAGAUACAAGGAUAUCUUCCCAUAUGAACAUACAAGGGUUAGAUUAAAGAAACAUUCCCUAUCGUCAUUUUCAUCUACCCCAUUUACACAUUAUAAUACGCUAGUAAAUCAGGAAAUUACUAAAGAAAAAGAUAUGGACAUUAUAGAUAAUUAUAUUAAUGCAAACUACAUCACAUUACCGGAAUUGGAUAAUUCGAAAGAGUUAUUAAUGAAGGCCCAGACUGCAUCCCAAACUAUUUUACCAUCUGUCUCUCAAAAAGUGCGUUAUAUUGCAACACAAGCUCCUUUACGGUCCACAGUUCAUGAUUUUUACAGUUGUAUAAUUAAUGACAAGGUUCCAUUAAUAUUGUCUUUAACCAAUGAUAUAGAGAAUGGUGUUGAAAAAUGUUUCCAAUAUUGGAAAUCGAACAAUUAUAACGGUAUCAAGGUUAACAUUAUUGACGAGAUCAACCCUCCCGAGUUGAACAAAAAUGUUGUAAUCAGAAGAAUAAGGUUGUUUUAUGACAACGAUACUAAAACGUAUGAUGUCAUACAGUACCAAAUAAAGAAUUGGCUAGAUCUAAGUACUUUAUCUGAUCCUAUUGAAAUUGUCCAUUCCAUCUGUUUUAAGAAUAUCUUGAUAAAGAAGCUACUAAAAAAUCAUAUCAUUGCUCCUGAUAUUACACCUACCAUUCUCGUUCACUGUUCUGCUGGUUGUGGUAGAACUGGUACUUGGUGUACAAUAGAUUCUAUUUUGUCGAAUUUAGAAAAUUUUGACUUAUUUUCAUACGAAUUCAAAGAAAAAAAUGAGGCAACAGAUAAGCAAUAUGAUCCUGUUGCUUGGACUAUUAACAUGUUUAGAAAACAACGGAUUUCCAUGGUCCAGAACAUAAACCAAUUCUUAUUUAUCUACGAUUGUCUAUUGUAUUACUUCAAAUUUCAACUCAGGGACCGUUCUAAGAUGAGAUUUGAAAGAUCUCCAAAUUCACUAGCGUCUGUUAAAUCAGAUAUAAGAAAAACAGCAAUAAUAAAAAGAUUCGCUGAAGGUAAACUUAAUGAAAUCGAAACUACUGCAUAA